AUGACUCUAAUUAACGAAUUAUUGGAAAAAGCAGAAAAUGCAGUUAGUGGUAAAGAUAAAUUGUUGAUGCGAACAAAUUAUUCAUCACAUCCUUCCACUUAUUUCUCAAAUACAUUUGGUAGAGCAGUCAUCUUCAUUAAUGGUAUCCAGGAUAAACCAGUUCCUAUUCAAAUUUGCAUUGGGUCUGCUGCCGGAUGGAUAACAGGAUAUGUGUUCACGAAGGGAAGCAAAAUAGUAGCAGAGCCAUUCAUCACUAUCACUAAUAUUAUCACCAGUCAAAUGGAUCAAUCCAGUGAGCGUGCAACAAAUUUGAUUGCCGCCAUAAAACCAUAUAUUCAUUAUGUUGUACUACCUGUCGGCCUUUACGCUGCUAAUCGUUUCUUUCGUUUUCUGAUACCUGGGCCACAGCACCGCUCGAAACUUGAUCUGCGUGAUCGUGCUGUAUUAAUCACUGGAGCCAGUUCGGGUCUUGGUCGAGAAUUAGCGAUUUGUUUUUAUCGAAGAGGUGCUAAAGUGAUUUUAACAGCACGCAGUAUUGAUAAGCUAAAGGAACUCUGUGAAGAGCUAAAAUCAUUGCAAGAUGUUAUCAAUAAUAAUGAACCAGUUUAUAAAUACCUGGAUAUUACCGAUCCAAAUGGCGUUGUAGAACUUGUCUCGUUUGCCAUCAAUCAGCGGAUUGAUGUUCUUAUUAAUAAUGCAGGUUUAAGCAUGCGUGGAAGUUGCAAAGAUACGUCUAUGGAUGUACAUCGGCAGGUAAUGGAAGUUAAUUACUUUGGUCACGUUGCAAUAACUAAAGCACUGCUUGAUUAUAUUCCGGAAGAUGGAGCAAUUGUAUAUAUAAGCAGCGUACAAGGUCGCAUUGCUGUACCAUAUCGAAGUUCUUAUUCAGCUAGUAAACACGCUGCUCAGGCUUUCUUCGAUUGUUUACGGACUGAAGAACGAUUUAAGACGCAGAUUCUCGUUGUAAGUGCGACUUAUUUGAAUACAGGUUUUGGACGUCGCGCGCUUACUACCGAAGGUAAACCGAUGGAUAAGGAUGAUCUUAACCAAGCAAAUGGGCUCACACCGAGUUAUGCGGCUGAAUGCAUCAUAAAUGCUCUCAUAAAUCGAAACACAGAAUUGAUUCUUGCACCAUUAAGCCAUCGUUUUGCUAUCUUUCUGCAAACAUUAUUAAUCGGGAAUGGUAAAUUUCAGUUUUGUAAUUCUCGAGGAUAUAUCAAAAUCAAUCAGUCAAAACUGCGACGUGAUAUUGAACGGCUGCGUAAAGAUAUUACGCGAGUAACGAGCAAUAGAAGCAGUGUGGCAGAGGGCGAAGUAAAUGAUUUUCUGCGAAACAACGCAUAUUUAUUGGGUAGUUAUGGUGCUGGAUUUUUGUUAGGAUAUACAUUUGCAUGA